AUGAAUGCUCUUUACGGUGGGAAGAAGUCACGUUGGGACUGGGAGGGCAGGAGGAGCAGGGUGAUUGAUGGAAGGGCAGAAUGGAAAGGAAAAAGAAGAAACUCAAGAACGUUCAUUAACUAUGAUUUCUGUUUUAAGGGGAAGCAAAAGAAAACGCGCAAGUAUGCGACCAUGAAGCGAAUGCUCAGCCUCAGAGAUGAGAGACUAAAAGAAAAGGAUCGUUUAAAACCUAAAAAGAAAGAAAAGAAAGAUCCCAGUGCUCUCAAAGAAAGAGAAGUGCCUCAGCACCCUUCCUGCUUGUUCUUCCAAUAUAACACGCAGCUGGGGCCCCCAUACCAUAUCCUUGUUGAUACCAACUUCAUUAACUUCUCCAUUAAAGCCAAACUGGACCUGGUGCAAUCAAUGAUGGACUGUCUGUAUGCCAAGUGUAUCCCUUGUAUAACUGACUGUGUAAUGGCUGAAAUUGAGAAACUGGGGCAGAAGUAUCGAGUAGCUCUAAGGAUUGCCAAGGAUCCAAGAUUUGAACGAUUACCAUGCACACACAAAGGAACCUAUGCAGAUGACUGCUUGGUGCAGAGAGUAACACAGCACAAGUGCUACAUUGUGGCCACAGUUGACCGAGACCUUAAACGAAGAAUCCGUAAGAUCCCUGGAGUUCCAAUCAUGUACAUUUCUAACCACAGGUACAAUAUUGAGCGGAUGCCAGAUGAUUAUGGAGCCCCACGAUUUUGA